AGUUGACUCGACACUAGUCAAAUCAAACUGAGGAGGUCAUUGUCUGGUUUCACUUGAGAUAGUCGACCAUGGCAGUUGAAAUAGAGGAAAAGCACACGACAACAGAAGGCCGGACAUGGCGAAAUUACUUCCCGAAUGGGGAUCUCUGGGUGUUUGGCUACGGGAGUUUGAUAUGGAAGCCACCACCGCACUAUGACCAGAGAGUGCCGGGGUAUAUCAGCGGCUACGUGCGACGCUUCUGGCAGGUUAGUACGGACCAUCGCGGAACCACAGAAAACCCCGGGCGGGUUGUAACUGUGAUCGAACGGGAGUUCUGGGAGACAUUAGAUGACCCGCUCGCACACCUCGAGGUCCCUUCCUCAUCAUCCAAAGCUGCAGUCUGGGGCGCAGCAUAUCACAUCCCAGCGUCCCACGCUGAAGAGGUCCACGACUAUCUCGACGACCGCGAGAUAGACGGCUACACGGUCCACUACACGCCAUUCUACCCGACACCUACCGCUACCACAUCUGAAGCUGACACCCCGACUACCCCCCUCACUUGUAUGGUGUAUAUCGGUCUUCCCACUAACCCGCAGUUCCUCCGUGAGCCGGCCGAUCGGGAGCCGCAGAGUGUCGCGGACGUGAUUAGCGCGAGUUGCGGAAAGAGUGGGAGGAAUGCGGAGUAUUUGUAUCUACUUGAGAAGGCGUUGGAUGGGUUGGGACUGGGGAGUGCAGACGUACAUGUGACGGAUUUGGUGGGCCAUGUGAGGGCGAUCGAGAAGGAGACAGCAAAGGCCGAUGAGGAAGAGGCAGAGAAGGAUCUGACGAGGUCGCUUUCUAUUUCUGACGCUGAGGCGCAUGAAGAUUUCCCUAGGACGGAGUGAUUUUAUAUAACUAUACGAAGCAGAAUCUACGCUGAAUGAGAGCACGACAAUUCAUAGCAUUAUAUCACCUCAUAUCACCUCAAAGAGAAAUGCAAGCGAGAUCCCGUCAUUAAUAACAAAUUGUGAUCCAUAUCCAUCGAAUUAUUUCGCGUUCCU